ACUUGGCCACCACACUCUCUCUUUCUCUCCCCCUCUCACACAUCGCAACCACCGUGCUAUAUAUUAGCCUAUUCGAGCCUCGCUAGCCUGGAAGAGCUCCUUUCAGGGUUUGUCGGCGAUCAAAUCUCUCUGGUCUUCCUUUAUUCAGGUUGCAGUUUCCUUUUACCACUCUGAGUAACCAUGGGGAGCAGUCCGGCACCAUUUUUGGAUAUUGGGAAAAAAGCAAAAGACCUGUUGACCAAAGAUUACAACUUUGAUCAGAAGUUUACCUUGUCGGUGGUUGGCUCAACUGGACUGGGACUUACAGCUACAGGUUUGAAGAAGGAUGAAAUAUUUCUUGGUGACGUAAAUACUGUAUACAAGAAUGAAAAAGUUACUGUUGAUGUGAAAGUUGAUACCUAUUCCAACGUUUCUACUAAAGUGACUGUAAGUGAUAUCUUGCCGAGUACCAAGGCAGCAGUUAGCUUUAAGAUACCUGACAACAAAUCUGGCAAGUUGGAUGUACAGUACAUUCAUCCGCAUGCAGCCAUUGAUUCUAGCAUUGGUCUGAACCCAUCACCUGUUUUGGAGCUAUCAGCUGCAAUCGGGAGCAAGGAUCUGAGUUUGGGCGGUGAAGUUGGAUUUGAUACUGCUUCUUCUUCUUUCAUAAAAUACAAUGCUGGGAUCAGCUUGAACAAACCUGAUUAUUCUGCAGCUCUUUUACUGACAGAAAAAGGACAGGCAUUGAAGGCAUCUUACAUCCAUCAGGUCGAUUCCUUCAAUACAGUUGCUGCUGAACUGACCCAUAGAUUUACCAACAAUGAAAACAACUUCACCAUCGGAAGCUCUCAUGUAGUCGAUCCAUUAACUGUGGUAAAAUCUCGUUUCUCCGAUAAUGGGAAGUAUGCAUUGCUAUAUCAACGCGAAUGGAGGCCAAAGUCAUUGAUAACUUUCGCAGCAGAGUACGACUCGAAGGCCAUUAACACCGCCCCGAAGUUAGGGCUUGCUCUUGCUCUCAAGCCCUGAUGUGAACCAACCUCUGUGCUCCCCAUUCUUCAGGUGGAAAUACCUUUGAUCUUUUUCUUUUCCCAUAAAUUAAAAAGCGGCAUGUUUUAGCCAGCCAAGUGUACUGGAAAAUGAGAACUCAAUUUAUAUAUAGACAAAGAUGUUCUAAUUGGUAAAUGGGAAGUGGACCCAGUUUUGGAAAUUUUUUUUAAUCAUAACAACAAUUUUUGUAUGUGAAUUUCCAGAAUGCCAAACAUUAUCCAGGUAUUUGAUGUUUGAUUU